AUGCAGAAAUAGGUAUGGAUUCAGGAAAGCUAUUUCACUGGAAGCAAGAAUAUUACUUCAGACAGCAUUGUUUUUCUGUUUCCUUAUGGAAGAUUGUUUUGUCAAAGUGUCGAUUGUUUUAAUUUUACAUUAAAGCCCUGGAGAGAGUACUAACCCCCUUGUAUCUUCCAUCCCUCUCUCUCUCUGCCUCCCACCCACUGAUGAAAAACCACUAGCCCCCAGUCCCUGGACUGCACACACCAGUAAAUCUGUGGAGCCUGAAUAUUCUGUCCAUUUCCAUCAGCUCGAGCUCAGAGACGUCUGUCCCAGCCUUUCUGCUCCUCCGGGGCUGUAGCCGGGCUGCGGAUGAUGCAGGAGGAGGGAGAGCAUCCCACGGCCAGCUCCCCCGUGGCCCCGUGGCUCUGACCCGGGUACCAUGUGCGGGUGAGCUAGGGAGGUUCGCUGCCAUAGCGACCGCUAGGUUUUUGGUGGUUUUUUUUUUUUUUUUUUUUUUUUUUUUUUUUUUUUUUUUUUUUUUUUUUUUUGUUGUUGCAACUCAGCAACUCCCUCCUCCCCGCGCCACGAUGCAGUCGGUUGCAGACAGUCGUUAUUGCGUGUGUGGAGGAAGGCCGGCGGUGGGGUCCCCCGGGGAGGCUGCAGCGGGGCUGACACUGCCAGGCAGGCGGCGGCGGAAGCCCCCAGGAGUCCCGGUGGGCAGUGAGGUCACGCUGCUGGCUGCCUGUCCUUCCGCCGUGGCUGCUCCCGCCAUCCCUCCUACCCUGCCUGCCUCCCGCCCAUCUGCCCCUGUCGUCUCCCGCUGUCGCCCAGCUCUCCCGGCGCAAGGUCUCCCUGGCACUGCCUGGCCAGGAAAGGAGCCUGACUCUUCCCGGCUGGGACCCGGCAGAUGCCGAAGGGAGCAGUCUCAUCUCGUCGCCCUGCACCCGUGGAAGAAGUAUUCACAGCCAAAAUCUGCUCACCUGCCUGACAAAAGCAAGUUGCUUCUCCAGGCGAGCCCUGCAGAGGCUGGAGGGGGCGUUCUGACAGCUCACCCAGUGCUUGGCUUGGCCAUGAUGAGGACCCUUCGUUGAGGGGGCAAGGACGGUUGAGCAGCGAGGAGAGACAACCCGAGGAUAAGGCUGCAUAGCAAGUAGACUGAAGAACAGGUUGCUGCCAUGCCCCACUUCUUGGAUUGGUUUGUGCCCGUGUAUCUGGUGAUCUCCAUUCUUAUCCUGGUGGGCUUUGGAGCUUGCAUUUACUACUUUGAACCAGGACUCCAGGAAGCCCAUAAGUGGCGAACACAGAGGCCAAUCAUGGAGCGAGACCUUCGGAAGACACUGAUGAUUCGGGACAACCUGGCCUUUGGGGUGCCUGAGGUCUGACAAGCUGCCCACCACAGCCAGAGGAAUCUCUCCUGGGUGGCAGCAGACCACAAGCCUCACUAGGGAUGGCAGUUCUGCCCUGGUACAAGUGGGGCUGGUCAUCAUUUUGCUCUGUGCUGAUCUGGGUCUCGUACUGAUCACUCACCAUUCUGCCCCUUUGCUUCUUAGUCAAGAUUUGUGUGGCUGGGGCUUCCCAUGUGCUCACAGCUCUUCAGCUAGCCAAGGACUUCGGCUCCUUCCCAUGGCCAAGACUGAUGAACCACUCAAAUUAAAUAUUCCUGAGUUUGAGCUGCCUGGCAUCUUGAAUCUUCAAUAGGAGAGGUACCAGGUUUUGCAAAGGAAUAUAGAACCUUGUACUGCUAUUCCCUAGGUUAAAUCUAACACAGUCUGUCUAAGUCCAACGGGUAUUUUGGGGGAAAUUGUGGGCUGAUAUUUCUGGGUCUGAGAGAUUUUAGCCUGCUAGCAGCUGCUAACUUUUUUCCCAAGGGAAAAUUUCUCAAGAAAGCUUCUUCUCAAAACAAUCUUGGCAAACAACUACCCGUUCUUAAAACAAUCUUUCUCCAGGUGGUGUUUUGCCUUUCUAGUUCUCAAAAGAAAACAUUUUAGCUGUUUCUCUAGUUUAACCAAUGGGAUUAGAGAGGUGUCGUUCCUAUUCACCAAUCAUGUUAAGUCUGUAUCAGAAUACCUUAUAAAAAGUAGUAAGAAUUAGACAAUAAAGCUUUUCUAUGCUCUUUGCCUU